CAAUAAGACAUCACCAAUACAUCACAAUCCAGAUUUAGUUAGUAAUCCCACAAUCUAGUUAAGGAUCUGGAAAUUAGAUCUAAUCAAUUCAUUCUACAGUCAAUUAGCAUAACAGAUGGUCCACCAGGCAUUAAAAUUCACAUUUUGUCCUCAGAUAUCUCCUGGCUGACUACACUUUUGAAAAUUGGAGUAUAAAAUGGAAUGAAUUAUAAUGAAAUACCUUUCGAGGUACCAAUUAGAAGAAGUGGAGAUCAACCCAUGUGGCUGAGCUAUUCUUGUUUAAAUUGCUAUUAAGGUUCAUCUAGUAGGUCUCUUAAUACCUGCACUAUUAACUGUACAGGAAAAGACUUACAGUGUGUCUGCAUUGUGUAAUCAAAAGCAAUCAGACAUAACAAACAUUGCACAUGACCCUUUGAAUUAUAAUAAACAAGGUGAGUGUAGGCCAAUCCAUUCAAUUCAUUUCCGUUAACCCCGUUUCAUUUUUUCUGUCUUCCUCGUCUCUCUCACUCUCACUCUACCACUCGCCAAACAGCUUUCAGUGCUUGUUGCUCAGAGGGACUGUUAAGUAUCAAUUCCCAGUGUCACCUUUAUGGCUUUUAUUUAUUUGUCUGCUUGCUGGUGUGGAACGCGGCACAAGCAUCACUCAGGUAGAUGGGUUAUAACUCACCUGCUAGCACUCAUCAAUCUCGACAAUUUGACUUCCUGCAUCACGUACAACUGUUACUGUCAUAUUAAAGCGCCGCAUUAUAAAGAUCAAUGAGUUUUUAAAAGUGCUUCAGUUAAAGGUGAUUGCCGGUGAUGAACUACGAGCCAUACUGAUGACUGUUGCUCAGUUGUCCCUAAUAUAGCCCAUGAUUUCUACAGUGAGGGAUACAAUAACAUUUAUUUUAUUACACUAAUUGAGCAGAUCAUUCCUUUCAUAAUGAACAUAAUACAAAAAAUAUUUUAAAUGAACUACAUUGUGCACCGUAAGCACUGCACAACCAAAUCACCACUGUAAAGAAAGAGACAGUUAAUAAAAUUACUGCUCACACAAAUGGAAAAAAUGCCUCACAGUUUGCUUUCAAAUAUGCCGGAGAAGCAUAUGGCUGUGUGAGGACAAGAUCUUUGCUUCCCAGCACAUGUUUAACCCUGUUAAUAUCCUAUGGUUAGGAUCUCCGGAAACACAGCGCAGAGUGUGCUGAUAUGACGGAUGGCCUAUUGUCACUGUGUUUGGGUUACGACCUGCUGAGCUCAAGCAGGAAGUAAGAAAUCCAAGCAUUCAUAUCCUUAGAAGAGUCAUAAUAUGUGAGGUAUACACUCUGAGAAAAAAGACAGUGCUAAGCAGUACUAUUCCUUGUUGCUGAAGUGAUCCCACAAGCGUACACCUAUACCAUCGGUGUGUUUAACGUGCAUAGAAUGUACUUUUAUAUUAUACUAUACUAUUUACAUUUCCAGGUAAGAGAUACAUAUAAAAAGCACAAAAUUUAACAGACAAGGCAAUGAAAGGUUUUCAUUUUUAUUUUUUAGACACAAUAAAAUCAACCUUACAUUCAUAACAAUGUAUUGUGUAUUGUGUGGGAAAAGACAGAGCUACAGUGAAACAGAUAAUACAUUGCUAAAUAUACAGUACAUUAUUCACAACACAUCCUGAUUAAGUUUCUGGAUGUGACCACCAAUCCUGAAAUCAUUUACUUUGUGUUGUCAGAGACAUCAGUCUUAAUUGGCAUCAGGCUAAAUCACACAGAAACAAAGAUCCGGUUUUAUGAUGACUCUCAUUACUUAGCGCUAUUGAUGCUAUCAGAAUGCAUUGGAGGCUUCCCUCAGUCUCUUCCCUUUUCCCUCCCUGUACGGAACAGUGAUAUUCCCUAAGCCUCUGUCUCUGUUGAGGAGGAGGGUGCAGGCGCCUAAAAUUGCCCAGCAUUAACCAAUCAUCUGCGACAAGCCCACACUACAUUAACGGCGGUGACCUUUUUGCCUGCGCUGACAGUCAUCUGUCAGCAGCGCCUCUCUAUUGGCCUUCUCUGCUGCCCCAAGAGGAGAAAUAAUUAGAGUGACGAGGUCAGUACAGGGCUAUGCUGGUUGACUCAGUCCUUAGAGAUCAGGUGCCAAAAGUAGGUAGUGAAAUGAUCUGGAUAUGAUGCUUCAGGUCACAGUGAUGGGACGUUAUCUAUGACAUAUCGACAAGUCACCAAGAAAUCACACAGUGCACAUUUCAUGACUCUCCCAUGAUGAGGCACAUUCUAAUUCUACCACAAUGAAUUCUGUGUCUUUUCACUAUACUAAUAGAAUAAUUUAAAUGAGCAACAAGGGAAUUUCUCACUUUCUUGCCACAAAAGAAAAACAGACUAGCAUAUGCACACCUGUUUUUUUCUCAUCCUCCAGCAAAGCACUUCUGCCUCCCCAGCACAGCUCAGCACACACACACACACACACCCAUCCCACGCACACACACACACACACACUGUCUGCUGAAAGCCAUUACAGAAAUACAAUUUCUAAUGCCUUCACACAGGUCUGCAAUCGACUGCAAACAAAUUUAUAUUCAGCUCGUAAACAGAGAGCUGCAGAGAUUUAUUUAUUGAGCGGAGAGGAGAGAAACAAGCUAGCGCGUGAACCUUGGGUAACCCCAGAGCUGACAUAAAGAUGGAUAAGUAUACCAUGCAAAUGUACGGAGGGAAGGGAUAUAUUGCACUCAGUCAUUCAGCUGCCUGUAGAAUUCCAUUAACUCCUCCAGCUGCGACCAUAUCUCUGGGCUUGUACGAGCACUGCUAUACACUGAUGAUUAUUUUCAAUAGUUUUUUAAUCACUGCCUGGCAAUAGUAAGGUUUUUUUUUUUUUUUAAAUAUAUAAGUGGAUGUUUCCUCUUGUGCUCAAUAAAGCAGUUCAUAUAGAUGGUGUACUGUAUAAAUCAUAAAUGAUGCUAAUCUAUAAAUGAAAAUUAAUUUAAUUAUUGAAAUAUAUUUGGUUUUUAAUUAAUUAAUUUAUUUAUUAAUUAAAUUGUGCACUAUAACUGUUAUUGACAAUUACCAAAAUACAUCUUCUAUGGUGAGCAAAUGAAGCAGAUAUACAAAAUGCAAAAUAAAAGGGAACCCUAAACAGGUUUUCUUGUUUGCAUAUUGCUGAAGGUAUGUGUAUUUGCAAAUAGAUAUUAGAUAUUACUGUGAGUGUCCAUGUAUGUGUGUGAUUUUCAUCCCCCCCUUUAAUUUGCUGAAGGGCUGCAUACAUUAUUAAGCUGAUAGCCAGCUCUUGUAGAGACUAGCAGGCUAUUCUAGAGUGAGUCAAAGCAGAGUUUAUUAAAAUAGGAUUACGGCUUCCCAUUUCAGUGUUAAUAUAUGGACAAAGAUUUAUGCCGGAGAGAAAAUCAUCUUUGCAGUUCUCUGAUUUGUGUCUGUACUAAUAAAGUUUUUGCCAUCAAUACAAGGGGGAGAUGAUAAGAUUGUUGAAAGUUUUAUAAUAUUGCAUCAUUUGCGAUAUUUGCUAUAAUGGGAUAAUGACUAAUGAGAGUUGCAAAAAGAAUAAUUUCAUAAUCUACACAUUUGCAAAUUACAAGAAUAUGCAUAAAUUAUGGGAUAAUGUAAUUGUAAACUGAUACAGAUAACUAAUGGAGUUACAUUCAUGAAUUAUAGUACUAACAAUAAUAAAAAAAAAUUUUUUAAAAAAACAAACAAAAAAAAAAACCUUGCACUUGAACUUGCAUAGCCACAGUGAGCACUGUUAUCUGUUUUUCUUUUCUUUUCAAGUUUGUUUUCCAGCACUAAAUUAUAUUUAUUUGUCAUUGUCUUAUUUUAGUUAGAUUUUUACAUAAAAAGUCAUAGUACAUCAUGUACAUCAUAGAUUAAAAUCACUAUAUAUAAAAAAUAUUGUAUUAUAGAAAUUGACUUUUCUCUGGAUUAAAAAAUCACUGAUGGCUCUUUCUUUAUCUGUAAGAUUGGACAAUAGGUGUAGUCAUUUAUAUUCAGUAAAAACUAAAUUCUUUUUAUAAGAUCCCUACAGCAAUGCUUUCUGCACUUCUUUCCCAUUGUGACUUUCAUUUAAUGUAACUUUCUUCAAGUAAAGUGUUCAAUUCAACGUACUUGUAUAAAUUUAAACAAAGCACAAAAUGCCUUCUUUAUCAUCUGUCAACUCUUCAUUUUUUUUUAUUUAAUAAGAAAAGCAGCUCUUCCUUCUGAUAUGGGAGGCAGCUGCUAAUUAUCAUUUGACCGGUACAUGACCUCCGAGCAGCAGCUGCUUAUGGCUCACAGCAUCACACACCAUAAUCAAGUGGGCAACAUGUUUAGCUUAUUUAAAAGACAGAAAGGGAAAAAUAAAAAAUGAUGAGCAACCUUGAACCUUAAAAUCAGUCAGUUAAAGUGAAGGUCAUUUGUGAUUUUACACUUUUAUUUCAGAUAAAAAUCUCUAAUAUAUACUUCUGAGAAGAUGUAAUAUAGAGUUUGAUGAUCGGUUAUGGCUGCAUAGUGUAGCUACCUGGCUUCAAUUACUCAAUUAUAAAUUAUUAUCAUGAACAGAAAUCUAACUCAUAUGGGCUAUAAAAAACAGAAUUAUCAUAAAUAAGAACCAAAUCUGUGACUACUGAUAUUUAUUUCAUGAGUUUGACCUAGGCUAAAGACUUUAAUCCUUGACUUUAAAUUAUUUGACAUCUCAAAGCAAACAUCUGUUUUUAUUUGGAUUACAAGCCUUACUAAGUACUAAUGGACAAAAGUAUGUACACAUAUACAUAUCACUUUGCUUAAUAAAUGACACACACACACAAACACACACCUUAUUAUCCUUGUGAGGGCCUUAAAAUGGUAUGCUUAUUAAUACAUAAACACACCCUGUUUCUGUAGUAAUUUUCUGUACUUUGCUUAACUUUUACUAACUUUUGCAUGUGUGUGGUGUGUGUGUGUGUGUAUGGUUUAAAAUAUUUUAACGGAAAAUCACAAGAGCAUAUUCUUGAGCUUUUCUCAAGUUAAUGUGUACAUAAUGAAGAAUCUUAACAACAUAAAUUUGUAUUCUGUUAAAGUUUGUAUUCUCUUCAGACAUGUAAAAUCCUUCAAGUUUUUCCAAGAAACGUUACAUUUCUUCCAGUAAACAACAUGUGGUGAUACAUGAGGAGUGAAAGUUGAUAACAGUUGAUGCUUUUGGGCCUGUAAAUUUUACUGGUUGUACACCUUCCAAAACUUUUAGUUAAAUCCUAACUCAUGACCCUUGAAAAGUUUAAGCAUGGUUAUUUCAAAAAAAGGUUAACUCGAUCAACUUCUGAAUUCUGAUUCGGAAAUGACCUUCCCAGGUGGUCGAAACUUGCUUGCUUCGGCUAGUAAAUAUUCAGACGAAGGAGAUGUCCGUCUAUUGGCCACGAGUUAGAGGGCACGUCAUACCCAUCAAUCACUGAUCGAACGUGUGUGUGUGUAUGUGUGUGUGUGUGUGGGCUCGGUGCACGCGGCGCGUGUUUCCAAAGUAGAUAGGGUUACUAUCGGAUUUAGGCUCGGCGGUCGAAGGAAGCAUGUGCAAGGGGAAUGCAGUCAUGACUACUUACCAAGAGUUUACAUGUGAUAGAGACACAGGGUUCACCAAAGGCAACUGGGCAAACAAGACAGCGCGUCAGGAAUCGGACACAAGCACUCAAAUCAAGCUAAAAGAACAUUUCCUGUCGGCGUUCCAGUCAGAAACUGGCACUGGUGCGUGCGCGAAACGCUCGCUCUAGUCUCCGGACAUGAGACCUCUAGAUCAAAACUAUUCCAGCUCUGAUCCACCCUUACGGACUGAAUGGGCCGAUUCCGGAGCAGUGUUCUCUCCCUCUUUACACACUUUCACAAGAGAGUGUUGCGAGCUCGACCCAAUCAACGCGCGCGUAUUUAACAUGAACUCUUGUGAUGACCCAAGAAAUCAUCUCACUUUAAUGGAUACCAGUAACACCAAACAUGCUGGUUCUACCAACUUUCACGAGGCCAGGCUGACAGAAAAAAUCUUCGAAUGGAUGAAGGUGAAGCGCAACCAAGCAAUCACUGGGAAAGCCCAUCUAACCGGAGCACAGAAUUUCCUCCAAUCUAUGAAAGCGGACAUUGGACGGAAUGAAAGCGAGGACAGUCCACAUCCAGUGUCCCGGAGCAGCUUUAACACAAAGCAGCUCACUGAGCUGGAGAAGGAGUUCCACUACAGCAGGUACCUUACGCGCGCGCGGCGGGUGGAGAUCGCGAACGCGCUUCAACUCCGUGAGGCUCAGGUCAAAGUGUGGUUCCAAAACAGGCGAAUGAAACAGAAGAAAACGCAGCGGCUCCUGCACACACCUCCAGGACUAGGAAGCUGUCUGGAAUUACACUCGAGCACAGCGGACACGUGUGCGCUUUCAGAGAAGAGUUAGUAUUCAUUUCAUUGCUGUUAGCAAUAUUCGGGAGCUAUACGCCUUGCCCCCUCCUGCGCGCAUUAAGCGCCGACAUUAUGAAAGGGCAAAUGAUGGAUAAAGGAUCGCUAAGUUGGGGGAAAAAAGGAACAUUUUAGAUAAGAUUAUGGUUAUGAAAAUGAAAAUCCACUGUAAGUAUUCUCCAACCCAGCGAGCAUGUCUGCUUACCUCCCUCACCUGUUGAAGUCUUCCCUCACAACUGCACUUUAUUAUUUUAAAUACGACAUUUACUACUACUACUACUACUACUACUAAUUAUAAUAAUAACAAUAACACCAUCACUAAUAA